UCCGUACAAGUACAAAAUUAUUUCCAAAUAAAAAAGGCCAGAGCUCAGUAGAUUGCAAUUCAGUCGGCGAGCGAGCUGUGGCUAAAGAAAAAAAGAAUUCAGACGAAACCGAGAUGAAGUCUCAGACACAAGCACCGAUGGAGGACAGCACUCCCUCUGGACGCAACCGAAAGCCGUCGCUGCACUUGGACAACCAGCUGGUCGGCGGCAAGUACCGGGUGGUGAAGCGCAUCGGGUCGGGCUCCUUUGGCGACAUCUACCUGGGGGUCUGCUUGAAGGACGCCUCCGAGGUGGCCAUCAAGGUGGAGAGAAACGAGGCCAAGUAUCCGCAGCUGGCGUACGAGGCGAAGGUGUACCAGAAGCUGGCCAAGAACCCGGGGUUUCCCACCCUCAAGCACUUCGGCUGCGAGCAGCACUUCAAGGCCAUGGUGAUCGAGCUGCUGGGACCCUCGCUGGAGGAGCUAUUUUCCUCGUGCAAGCGCCGCUUCUCACUGAAGACGGUGCUGAUGGUCGCCGAUCAGCUGCUGUCCCGUCUGGAGAACCUCCACUCCAUCGGAUUCAUCCACCGCGACAUCAAGCCGGACAACUUCCUGAUGGGCACGGGCAAGCAGGCCCACAAGCUGUUCCUCAUCGACUUUGGUCUGUCCAAGCGAUACCUGGACGCCGAGUCGCUCCUGCACAUACCCUUCCGCAAGGAUCGCAACUUGACGGGCACCGUGCGCUACGCGUCCGUCAACGCCCAGAAGGGGAUCGAGCAGUCGCGGCGCGACGAUCUGGAGUCGAUGUGCCACUGCCUGAUGUACUUCAAUCUGGGCAAGCUGCCGUGGCAGGGCAUCACCGCCGCCAACAAGAAGCAGAAGUACGAGAUGAUUCUGGAGAAGAAGAGCGGCACCAAGAUCGAGGAGCUCUGCAAGGCGUUCCCCUCCGAGUUCGCCGUGUUCAUGAAGUACGUCCGCAGCAUGCGCUUCAACGAGGAUCCCGACUACAACUACAUGCGACAGCUGUUCCGCCUCCUAUCGCGCUCCCUGAACUACCAGUACGACAACGUGUUCGACUGGUCGCUGCUGAAGCAGCAGAAGCUGGAGCGGCAGCGCGAGCGCGACCAGGAGCGGGCACGCGGGAUCACCGGGGCGCGUCUGUCGCAGGCCAAGAAGGGCGACCACUUGCCGCUUGGCUCCGGGCGCAAGUUCAGCCACUGUGCCGUGGGCGAUCGCUCGACAACCUGCAUCAGAAAGUGAUUGUGGGCGGGGACGCCAGACACUGCCUUCCCAGACACUCUCAAAAUUAGUUCUUACGUAGAUACAGUAUUUUCAUUUAAAAGUUCAAUUGUUCGGGACCCUUGACACGAGUGUUGGAGGAGCUUGAGGCUGGCAAUCGGUGGACACUUGAUUCAACUGUGUUUUCUUAUUUAUAUUCCGCAUUAAAGCUAAUCGAAGUAGGCUGCA